AUGGAUUGCAAGCUGAGUGUAAUAAGGUGCAGCCGCAGCCUGGUGCAGCCCUGCGAGCAAACCCCUUGUGCUACACUCCAUCUGUCCCCAAUCGACAGCCUGCCUGCGCUUAGAUGCAACGCUCGCACACUCCAUGUGUUCAAAGAUGCCCCUCAUGAGGCUGCCCCUGCCGCCGUCAUAAGACAAGCACUGUCGAGGGCAUUGGCUCCCUACUACCCCCUCGCCGGUCGCCUUGACCAACAGGCCUACCCACUUCAACUGGACUGCUCCAACCAAGGCCAAGGCGUUCUGUUCGUGGAGGCUUCCUCCAGCAACACCCUCGCCUCCCUUAACUAUUUGGAUGACUUAACUUCAAUCCCUUAUGAUCUUCUUCUCCCUGAGCUUGAAUCAGAAGCGCUAGUGCAGAUGCAGGUGACCCAAUUUGCUUGUGGAGGGUUCGUGAUGGGUUUGAUUUUCUGCCAUAGCAUCUGCGAUGGCCUUGGCGCCGCCCAGUUCUUGAAUGCUGUCGGGGAGCUAGCCAGAGGCGUCGACCCAGCUCCCACAAUCACGCCUAAAUGGCACAGAGAUUUCUUUCCUAAGCCAUUGAAUGCUAUAAAUCCCCAAAUCCCUCCCCCGGUGAUGCCGGAUUACAGCCUACAACACUCCAACAUCGACAUACCCAUAGACCGAAUCAAUCGGCUGAAGAAGCAAUUUCAAGAAUCAACAGGAGGGAGUUGCUCUGCUUUUGAAAUCGUGGCGGCGUGUUUUUGGAGGAGUCGAACGCGGGCCGUGUACGAGAAAAGUAACAAUAGCGAAGAAGUGAAGCUAGUUUUCUUCGCAAACUGCCGGGAGCUUGUGGAGCCUCCUCUGCCGAAGGGGUUCUACGGAAACUGCUUCUUUCCGGUGACAAUUAGCCGCUGCUGCAGGGGAAUCGGGGAGGCGUCGAUAAACGAGGUGGUGAAGCUGAUACAAGAAGCAAAGAGCAGAGUAGGAAGGGAGAUGGGAGAGUACAUGCGGCGGCGGCAGAUGGAGGAGGGGAGGGAUUCCGAUCCUUUUGCGCCGCCGCUCAACUACUCCACUCUGUUCAUAUCGGAGUGGGGAAGGCUAGGGUUCAACCAGGUGGACUAUGGAUGGGGACCGCCGGUGCAUGUGGUUCCGAUCCAAGGCUCCGCCGUGAUACCCGUCGGAAUUGUGGGGUUUCUUCCAUUACCUAGAAAGGGCAUUCGUCUGAUGACAUGGUGCGUCCAGGAGCCGCAUCGCCCGUCCUUUCUGCACCAUAUCUCACAGCUCUUCCUCCUUUGAACUCUCCUUUUUACUAUUGAACUAUUUGCUAAUUAUUUUUAUUCCCAUUUCCAAAUAAAGUUAACUGUUU